UUCUCAUUUUCUUUCCCUCUGCCUCUAAAUCAACAGUUCAAUCAUUCCAAGGAGAGAUCGCUCGCUCUCUCUAUCUCUCUCUCUCUCUCUCUCUCUCGUGCGCGCUGUGGUUGGGCUCUCAGAGAGAAGAAGCGGAUUGACUGGAUUCUCAUCUAGGGUUUUGGAACUUUUGGCGGCACUCUAUUUUUUUAUCACUCUGAACAAAAGCAAGUUUAGGUUGGGGCAUUGAUUUGUUCUCAGGAAGAAAAGUUUGCAUAAGGGUUCCCUUUCUCUUUGUGACAAUGGCGACUAAUGAAAAUCUUCCACCAAAUGUUAUCAAGCAACUUGCAAAGGAAUUGAAGAAUCUUGAUGAAUCACCCCCUGAGGGUAUCAAAGUUGGAGUAAACGAUGAUGAUUUUUCAACCAUAUAUGGUGAUAUUGAUGGCCCAGCUGGGACUCCAUAUGAAAAUGGUGUUUUCCGCAUGAAGUUAUUAUUAUCUCAUGACUUUCCACACUCUCCUCCCAAAGGUUACUUCCUGACUAAGAUUUUCCAUCCAAACAUUGCAAACAAUGGUGAGAUCUGUGUCAACACACUUAAAAAGGAUUGGAAUCCGAGUCUUGGGUUACGGCAUGUUCUCAUUGUAGUUAGGUGUUUAUUGAUUGAACCAUUUCCAGAAUCAGCUUUGAAUGAACAAGCUGGCAAGAUGCUGCUUGAGAAUUAUGAGGAGUAUGCUAGACAUGCUAGGCUUUAUACUGGGAUCCAUGCUAAGCCAAAACCCAAGUUUAAAUCGGGAGCUAUAUCCGAGUCCACCACUGCAUUGAAUGUUGACCAGACCAAUACCUCAGUUCUUAAUGCUGAUCAGAAGAGCAUAUCACCAGGUGCUGCCUUGCCAUUACCAUCCCCACCGGCCCCUUCUACAACAGCCACCAGGGGAAAUGGGCCAGAGCAGCCAGCUGCCGUAGCACCCACAGCAGACACUGGAGUUAGUGGGUCUGCUCCGGCCACAGCGAUCAAUCCACAAAAGAAGGAAGGUGGAUUGGCAAAAGUUCAGGCAGACAAGAAAAAAAUAGAUGCAAGAAAGAAAAGUUUGAAGAGAUUAUAAUGUUCCAUAGAGACAUAAUUGAACUGGUAUUAUGGGGAUUUGUGGCCAACUAUUGUUCGUCCAUUGAUGGGGUGGGGAAAGUGAAUGGAUGCUGUAAUGAAUAUUUCCAUUGGACAGUGUGAUUGGCGAUGUAACAUUUUCACUUUUGGUAUGAUUUUCCACAAAUACACGUUUUGCAAUGCAUGUUCUGAAA